GAUGCAAAAUUGACCAAUACCAGCCGCUUUUUAGUCCAUCUGAAGGAAAUUUUUUAACCAAACCAGAAGUGACUGCUAGCUGACCAAGUCUUGUGCACACCUGCUCCUAAGAAUCCAAGUAAACGAUGAGUACUUUCUGCGCUGAGAUUGCUGAAACGUUCAAGCGAUUGUCAGUGACUGGUAAUCGAAAGUUUCGCCUUUCCAAAGUCUUCUGCCGAGCAACUUCAAUUUGAUGUCGCUCAAGGAAGAUGGAAAUCCGAUCGAGAAUCUUGCAGAGACCAUAUUGGCAUCCAUUUCAGAGAUCGCAGUAUCGGUAUCAAGCCUAGAGGUGGGAUGGGAAUUUUUUAUCGAAACUGCAUGCUACCUAUAUCGAGCUUCCAUGGCGAUUAUGGUGUUGAAGACGGCUGAAAACUGCCCAGAAAAUGCAAUGGAAAUUCUGCAGUCGAUAUCCAAGAGUGUUUGUUUGGCCAAAGAUCUUGUGGAGAGAUGCCAAAUUGGCGUCCAACCAUUUUCAGAUGCUGAACUGAGGCUCAUUAUAGCACAACUGGAGGAGGUCAUUAAAAACGUAGGAGAAUGCUUGAGCAUGAUACCGCCAUUUACAUUUGGAGACCAAGAAUACGCAGAAGUUGCAGUUCGGUCCCUUUCAAAUGAGAUGCAGAAUGCUCGCCUUAGAACUCAAGCGUCUCAGAUCAAUGAGCUCAAUACAAAGGUGUGGUCCCUGGAGGAGCAACUACAGGAAGAACCGACAGCGACAGAAAUGGAUUUCUACUCCCUAAAUUUUGAGGUUUCCACAGAGAAUCCUCACGUUUUGGAUACACCUCAACUGGUUGAAAUCCUUAAAAGCACUAGCUGGGUAAGCAAAAGAAAUGAUGCGAACAUGAGUGGAUCUAUAACGACAUUGCCACAGGUGGGUGAAUACAUGGAGCCUCUGUAUGAGAGUUUUUUCUGCCCACUGACAAAGAAGAUCAUGGAUGACCCAGUAACCAUAAGAAGCGGAGUGACAUACGAGAGGAAAGCAAUUGUUGAGUGGUUUGAGAAGUUCAAUUGCUCGGAAGAAAUCUUCUGCCCAACCACUGGCCAGAAGUUGGCAAGUAAAGAUUUGAAUUCCAAUAAAGCUCUAAAAUCCACAAUAGCGGAGUGGAAGGACAGGAACGAAGCAGAGAGGAUUAAGGUUGCCCGAGCAGCAUUGUCCUUGGCUAGUUCAGAGCAUAUGGUGCUUGAAGCAGUAAAAGAUGUGCACAGUAUCUGCCAAAGGAACCCAUACAAUAAGAUACAAGUUCGUAGUGUCGGAAUAUUGCCCUUGCUUGUUCAGUGCCUGGAGUACGAAGACAAAGAUGUUAAAUGUGCAGCGCUGGAACUUUUGCAGCAACUGGCGGAAGAUGAUAACAACAGCAAGGAAGAGAUUGCGCAAACGAUAAAUAUUUCAACAACAAUCAAAAUGCUUUCUAGUACUCACCAGUCCCUAAGGCAUGCAUCAUUGCUGUUCUUACUUGAGCUUUCAAGAUCACAAUCAUUAUGUGAGAAAAUCGGAUCAGUUACUGGAGCAAUCUUUAUGCUGGUCACAAUUAAAUACAGAAGGUAUACCGAUGUCUUUGCUUCGGAAAAAGCAGAAGAAAUCUUGAGUAAUUUAGAGCAUUUUCCAAAUAACAUCAAACACAUGGCAGAAAAUGGACUCAUGGAACCCCUCCUAAAGAAUCUUAAUGAAGGUUGUGAAGAGAUAAAGAUAGAGAUGGCAAGUUACCUCGGGGAAAUUGUUGUUGGGCAAGACCAAAAAACAUACGUUGCUGAGAAGGCCUCUCCUGCUCUCAUCGAAAUGGUACAUAACGGAAAUACGAUGGCCAGAAGGGCAGCAUUCAAUGCUCUGGGGCAACUCUCAUUGUACCACCCAAAUGGAAAAAUACUUCAAGAAGCUGGAAUUAUACAAGUCAUGGUUGAAGAGAUGUUCAUUCGGAAAAUUCAAAACGAACCAAUGGACUCAACAAGUGAAGCAGCUGCAAUCCUUGCAAACAUAUUUGAGUCCGGGCUUGAGCUUGAGAACCUCCCAGCUAAUUCUCAUGGUCACACUUUGACUUCCGACUAUGUUGUGUGCAACAUCAUCUACAUGCUCAAGAACGCAACCGCAGAUGAACUAAGUAACAACCUUAUCAGAAUUCUUCUGUUGAUUGCCGAGAUCCCCAGAUCAGCAGCGGCCAUUGUCUCGAUGGUAAAAGAGACUGAAGCAAGCUACACCCUCAUUGAACUCAUCAACAACCCACACGAAAAACUUUCCAUCACAGCAAUCAAGCUACUAACUGUUCUUUCACCCCAUAUGGGCCACCUACUAUCGGAAAGACUCUGCAAAACCAGAGGCCAGCCUGAGAACCUUAUCCAUAAACCAACUGAAACAACCCUCAUCUCCGAGAAGCACGCAGUUUCAGCAAAAUUUCUAGCGCAACUUCCCCACGACAACCUGACACUAAACCUAGCUCUUCUAUACAAUAACACAGUGCCUACAAUCCUGCAAGCAAUCAGUCAAAUCCAAGGAGAUGUCACAUCAAGCAGGUUCAUAAGCGCAUACUUAGAAGGCCUAGUGGGAAUUCUAGUCAGAUUCACAACAACACUAUACGAACCCCAAAUACUGUUUCUAGCAAGAACCCACAACUUCACUUCAGUAUUCACAGAGCUGCUCAUGAAAACAUCAAGUGAUGAAGUUCAGAGGUUAUCAGCAAUCGGGUUGAAGAAUCUUUCCACAGAGUCGAUAAAACUAUCAAAACUGCCACAAAGCAAGAAAACCAAGUUGUUGUACCUGCCCAAGUACCUACCUUGUGGAUCACCGAGGAGGAGGAAAACACCGCUGUGCCCGGUUCACAGAGGGGUAUGUUCUUCACAAAACUCAUUCUGCAUUGUUGAUGCGAAGGCGGUUGAGAGGCUGUUAGUGUGUUUGGGGCAUGAGAAUGCAGAAGUUGUCGAAGCUGCAUUGUCGGCAAUAUGUACAUUGUUGGAUGACAAAGUUGACGUCGAGAAGGGUGUGAUCAUGCUGAGUGAGGCUAAUGCUGUGCAGCAUGUUUUGAAUGUGGUGAAAGAGCACAGGAAAGAGGGGCUGUGGCAGAAGUCGCUUUGGGUGAUCGAGAAGUUUUUGAAUAAAGGCGGGGAUAGUAAGUCGGCUUCGGACAUAUCAAACGACAGGGUUUUGCCUGCCGUACUGGUGAGCGCUUUCCAUCAUGGAGCUGGAGAUACCAGGCAGAUCGCUGAGAAAAUUUUAAAGCAUUUGAAUAAGAUGCCCGAUCCCUGUGCUUCCAACCGUACCAUGUAAAACGUCCAUGCUCACAUGCACACAUGCCAUGUAGGGAAUCUAUUUUUCGACACAAGCGAUACUCGGAGAGGGGAGAUUCGAACUUGGGACCUCGAGUGCAAGGUAGAAUAUUUUUAACAUACAAGCUUCUUACGGCAUCUUGUAAAUUGAAAAUGAACUUUGAUUGUUUUGCUUUGCCUAAUAUUUUUCUCUUUUUCUUUUUUAAUAUUUGAUUGUGUAUUGAUGUAUAGGUUCAAUCCAAAUCCAAAUAGAUUAAAUCACACUCAUUCAGAAGCAGUUAAGUGCACUCGCGUUUUCGUUAUUUUUUUGUUAUUUUUUCCUCAGAUUUGUUUAAUAAGCCAUAAGCAAAAGUUGUUUUUCAAAGGAAGAACCAAAAUUUGUUUG